AUGGCGGCCGCCCUCCUCACUGACGGCUACGUAGCCCGCACAUUUGGAACCAAUACUGCUCGCCAACACUUCCGUGACUAUCUGAAGAGAGAUAUCGAAAGCCUUGAUGUCUAUUACGAUGGGCAGGGUCGUUGUUACUUUCUUAAAGCCAAUAGCCUUGGAUAUCCUCACCCCACUAUCCGCCUGGACCAUUACGCAGAGGCUCCGCAUCUCAUCGUUACCCAGUUCUACUGGUUACCCAGAACAACCACCGACUUUGAUCGCUAUGUAUGGGCUCCGCAGCUUGGAAACACCAUUUUCUUUGGGCUUCCUGGUAAAGGAAGAGGCUUAUCGGUCACGGAUGCUGCCGCAGGUAACUGCUUGGACAUUCCUGGCCGAGAAGCGUAUUUCUCUCCAGUGGCAAAAGCAUCGACUCAGAUACGCGUGCUUUGGCCGGGAUACCCAGAGCUACAGCGUCAAGUUCAGACGAGGGAUGAGACGCCUGCUAAGAAUCCAAUUAGGCUUGAAAAAUUCAUUCAACAUAUCGGCCGUACAGUAGAUUCGUUUCUGGCGCAUACAGUUGUUCUGAAUGGUAGAGGCUACCGAAUCACCAAGAAUGAUAUACUCAUCCUGGGGGCUGUUCAAGUUUCCUCUGGCUCUUGGCAGGCUCUUCUUCAAUAUAAGCCUUAG